AUGGAGGGCCUGAUCGGGUUGAUGAACCGCAUCCAGCGCGCCUGCACUGCCCUCGGAGACCACGGAGGAGGAAGCGACUUGCCCACCCUCUGGGAGUCUCUCCCAACAAUCGCCGUCGUCGGAGGCCAGAGUUCGGGCAAAUCCUCUGUGCUUGAGAGCUUUGUUGGCACCGACUUUCUUCCUCGUGGAUCGGGAAUUGUCACGCGAAGGCCUUUAGUGCUACAGCUGCACCAGACAGAAAAUGGAUCUCAGGAGUACGCAGAGUUCUUACAUAAGCCGAAAACAAGGUUUUCAGACUUUGCCCUUGUUCGCCAAGAAAUUGCCGAUGAGACGGAUAGACUGACUGGAAAAACUAAGCAAAUAUCUCCUGUCCCUAUUCAUCUCAGCAUCUACUCGCCCAAGGUUGUGAACUUAACGUUGAUUGAUCUUCCGGGGUUGACAAAAGUUGCUGUAGAGGGACAGUCUGAAAGUAUUGUGGAAGAUAUAGAGAAUAUGGUUCGCUCAUAUGUUGAUAAGCCCAACUGUAUUAUUUUGGCUAUAUCUCCAGCAAACCAGGAUAUUGCAACUUCUGAUGCAAUUAAGCUCUCAAAAGAAGUUGAUCCAACAGGUGAAAGGACGUUUGGUGUGUUGACAAAGCUGGACCUAAUGGACAAAGGAACAAAUGCUCUCGAUGUUCUUGAGGGAAGAGCCUAUCGGCUGCAGAAUCCUUGGGUUGGAAUCGUCAACCGCUCACAAGCAGAUAUUAAUAGGAAGGUUGACAUGAUUUCAGCGAGGGAAAAAGAAAGGGAAUAUUUUGAAACCAGUCCUGACUAUGCUCAUUUAGCAAGUAGGAUGGGUUCCGAGUAUCUUGCUAAGCUUCUUUCUCAGCAUCUUGAAUCUGUUAUCAAAGCACGCAUUCCUAGUAUCACAGCGACAAUCAACAAAACUAUAGAUGAACUUGAAUCAGAGCUGGACAUCAUUGGGAAAGGUGUGGCUGCUGAUCCAGGGGCUCAACUGUACACCAUAUUGGACCUCUGCCGUGCUUUUGACCGUGUUUUCAAGGAACAUCUUGAUGGAGGGAGGUCAGGUGGAGAUAGAAUAUAUGGCGUGUUUGAUCAUAAGCUCCCUGCUGCUUUUAAGAAGCUUCCCUUUGACCGCUAUCUGUCGGUGCAAAACGUGAAGAAGGUGGUUUCAGAAGCAGAUGGCUAUCAGCCCCAUCUUAUCGCCCCUGAACAAGGAUACCGCCGGCUUAUUGAAAAAGGCAUUACCUAUUUCAGAGGACCAGCUGAAGCCACGGUUGAUGCGGUCCACGUUGUUCUAAAAGACUUGGUCAGGAAAUCCAUAGGGGAGACAGAGAAACUGAGAAGAUUCCCGACUCUUCAAGCUGCGAUUGCGACCGCUGCGAAUGAAGCCCUGGAACGAUUUCGGGAGGAUGGGCGCAGCACCGCACUUCGUCUAGUGGACAUGGAGGCUGCAUACGUGACGGUGGAAUUCUUCCGGAAGCUCCCUCAGGAUCCUGCGGCUGAUCCUAGUAGUAAGGUUGGAACUAAACCUCCAGUGGAGCCGUCGCCGUCGCCGGACCGCUACGGUGAUGGGCACUUCAGGAAUAUUGCCUCCAACGUGUCCCGGUACAUUCGGAUGGUUGGAGACGAACUCUUGCAGAAGAUCCCCAAGGCAGCUGUCCACUGCCAAGUUCGCGAGGCGAAGAGAUCUCUGCUGAACCAUUUCUACGUGCAGAUCGGGAAGAAAGAGGGUGGGGAGUUUGGGCAUAUGCUGGAUGAGGACCCGGCAAUGAUGGAGCGCCGGCAGCAAUGCUUGAAGAGGCUGGAGCUGUACAAAUCUGCCAGGGAUGAGGUCGAUUCUGUGGCAUGGAGCAGCAGCAGAUAA